AUGGCGACGCGCUUCUCCGCCGCCGUGCUGCCUUUGCUCCUAGGCUUUCUGCUCCUGCAAGGAGCACCGUCGCGCGCCGCCGAUACAGACACCGUCGUCAUCGGCCGGCCGCUGUCAGGCCGACAGAGGCUGGUGUCCAAGCGCGGCAAGUUCGCGCUCGGCUUCUUCCAGCCAGCAGAAUCCUCGCAGAACUGGUACCUCGGCAUUUGGUACAACCAAAUCUCCAAGCACACCACGGUGUGGGUCGCCAACCGGGACGCGCCGGUCUCCGACCCAGCUUCCGCGCAGCUCUCUAUCUCCAGCGACGGCAACAUGGUCCUCCUCCACGGCGACCGUGCCAAGUCCCCGGCACUCUGGUCCACAGGCGUCGCGGGCAUCGCACCCAGCAGCUCCACGGUCGGCGUCCUGCUCGACACGGGCAACCUCGUCCUCGCGGACGCGUCCAACACCUCCGUCGUGCUCUGGCAGAGUUUCGACCACUUCGGCGACACGUGGCUGCCCGGCGGCAGGCUCGGCCGAAACAAGCGCACCGGCGAGGUCACGCGCCUCUUCGCGUGGAAGGGCUACGACGACCCGGCGCCGGGCGUGUUCGCGCUCGAGCUCGACCCGAACGGCACGAGCCAGUAUCUGCUCAACUGGAACGGCAGCAUGGAGUACUGGACCAGCGGCAACUGGACCGGCGACGGGUUCACCGGCGUGCCGGAGUUGAAGGCCUAUAGCAGCUCCCCGAUGUCCAUGUACAAAUUCGGCUACGUCGACGGCAAGGACGAGAGCUACUUCUUCUACGACGUCAAGGACGAGGCCGUCGUGACGCGGUUCCUGGUGGACGUGACGGGUCAGAUCAAGUUCCUGACGUGGGUGGAGUCUGCCGGCGCGUGGAUCCUCUUCUGGACGCAGCCCAAGGCGCAGUGCGACGUCUACGCGCUGUGCGGGGCCUUCGCCGCGUGCGUAGAGAAUGAGCUGCCGUCGUGCCGCUGCCUCCGCGGAUUCCGGGAGAGGCGCCCGCUGGCAUGGCUACAGGGCAACCAUGCUGAGGGCUGCGUCCGGGACACCGCGCUGCAGCAGUGCGCGCGCGGCGGCGGCGUCCAGGGCGCUACGCGCGAGGCGAAGAACGACGACGGUUUUUAUGCCAUGCCCAACUUGAGGCUCCCGAGCGACGCGCAGGGUGUGGUGGCCGCGGCGAGUGCUCACGACUGCGAGCUCGCGUGUCUUGGCGACUGCUUCUGCACCGCGUACUCUCACAACGGCAGCUGCUGGCUAUGGCACGGAGGCCUCAUCAACCUGCAAGACACGAGCAGCACUGCCACCGGAGGUAACAGUGGCACCAUCAUGGUCCGGCUGGCUGCGUCUGAGCUCACUAGCCCAGGGCGCACCAAGACAGUGAUCAUUGCGCUCGUCGCCGUCGCGGCGGCCGUGGCCGCGGUCACCGUUGCCGUUCUCGUGUCAGCCUUCGUUCUGAGGAGGAGAAGGGUGAAGGCGCAAAGAAGAGUCGUGGAAGGUUCCCUGAUGGCGUUGACGUACCGCGACAUGCAGUCCGUGACCAACAACUUCUCGGACAAGCUCGGCGGCGGCUCCUUCGGGUCGGUGUUCAAAGGGUCACUCCCCGACGCGACCGCGACGCUGGUCGCGGUGAAGAAGCUCGAGGGCGUGCGUCAGGGGGAGAAGCAGUUCCGCGCGGAGGUGAGCACCAUCGGCACCAUCCAGCACGUCAACCUCAUCCGGCUGCUCGGGUUCUGCUCCGAGGGGACAAGGAGGCUGCUCGUCUACGAGCACAUGCCCAACGGCUCCCUGGACAGGCACCUCUUCGGGUCCAGCUCCAGCCCCGGCCAUGGCGUCCUGAGCUGGGAGACGAGGUACCAGAUCGCUCUGGGCAUCGCGAGGGGACUGGACUACCUGCACGACAAGUGCAGGGACUGCAUCAUACACUGCGACAUCAAGCCGGAGAACAUCCUCCUGGACGACGCGUUCGCCGUCAAGGUGGCGGACUUCGGGCUGGCCAAGCUCAUGGGCCGGGACAUCAGCCGCGUGCUAACGACGAUGAGGGGCACGGUCGGGUACCUCGCGCCCGAGUGGAUAACCGGCACGGCCAUCACGGCCAAGGCCGACGUGUUCAGCUACGGCAUGCUGCUGUUCGAGAUCGUGUCCGGCAGGAGGAACGUGGAGCAGCGGCCGGACGGCACCGUGGACUUCUUCCCGUCGACGGCCGCCAGCCGGCUCCUGGACGGCGACGUGAAGAGCACGGUGGACAGGCGGCUCGACGGCCACGCCGACAUUGGCGAGGUGGAGCGGGCGUGCAAGGUGGCAUGCUGGUGCGUGCAGGACGAGGAGGGCGCGCGGCCGAGCAUGGGGACGGUGGUGCAGGCGCUCGAGGGGCUCGUCGAUGUCACCAUGCCGCCUGUCCCGAGAAUGCUCAAAGUGCUCGGGGAUCCAGCCAACUAUGUCAAGUUCUUUUCGGGGUUGCCGUCCACGUGA